GGGGUGAAGCCGGGACUCGCCGCCCGCCGGCACCGCGCCGCGCCGGGGCUCCGCGGCUCCGCUCCGCACCGCAGCACCGCACCGCCGGCAGCGCGCCGUGGCCAUGGCGCUGCGGGCCCGGGCGCUGUACGACUUCAGGUCGGAGAACCCCGGCGAGAUCUCGCUGCGGGAGCACGAGGUGCUGAGCCUGUGCAGCGAGCAGGACAUCGAGGGCUGGCUGGAGGGCGUCAACAGCCGCGGCGACCGCGGCCUCUUCCCGGCCUCCUACGUGCAGGUGAUCCGCGCCCCCGCCGCCGAGCCGCCGCCGCCCGCCCGCUACGCCAACGUCCCCGCCGCCGGCUUCGAGCCGCUGCCGCCGCCCGCCGCCUUCAAGCCGGCGGCGCAGCAGCAGCAGCAGCAGCAGCAGCAGCAGCCCCCGGCGGCGCAGCAGCCCCCCGAGCCCUUCCCGGUGCCGCCCGCCGCCGGGUACCCCUUCCCUAUGGCGCCCUACGGCGGCCCCUACCAGCCCAGCCAGGGCAGCGACGACGACUGGGACGACGACUGGGACGACAGCUCGACGGUGGCGGACGAGCCGGGAGCGCUGGGAAGCUCCUACCCCGACUACGAGGCGGCGGGGGGCGGCGGGGCAGCGGGGCGCUACCGGCUGUCCACGCGGUCCGAGCUGUCCCUGGGAUCCCGCGGUGGUGGCGGAGGUGGUGGAGGCGGUGGUGGGCACGUAGCCGGACACCCGCACCCGGCCGGUGGAGGAGCCAAGAGCUCGGCCACGGUGAGCCGCAACCUCAACCGGUUCUCCACCUUCGUCAAGUCUGGCGGGGAGGCCUUCGUGCUGGGCGAGGCGUCGGGCUUCGUGAAGGAUGGGGACAAGCUGUGCGUGGUGCUGGGCCCGCGCGGCCCCGAGUGGCAGGAGAACCCCUACCCCUUCCAGUGCUCCAUCGAGGACCCCACCAAGCAGACCAAGUUCAAGGGCAUGAAGAGCUACAUUGCCUACAAGCUGGUGCCCAGCCACACCGGGCAGCAGGUGCACCGCCGCUACAAGCACUUCGACUGGCUCUACGGGCGCCUGGCCGAGAAGUUCCCCGUCAUCUCUGUGCCCCACUUGCCCGAGAAGCAGGCCACCGGCCGCUUCGAGGAGGACUUCAUCUCCAAACGUCGCAAAGGUCUGGCCUGGUGGAUGGACCACAUGUGCAGCCACCCCGUGCUGGCGCAGUGCGAUGCCUUCCAGCACUUCCUCACCUGUCCCAGCACGGAUGAGAAGGCCUGGAAGCAGGGCAAGCGCAAGGCUGAGAAAGACGAGAUGGUGGGUGCCAACUUCUUCCUGACCAUCAGUGUCCCCACUGGCCCUGGGGCCGGCCUGGACUUGCAGGAGGUGGAAAGCCAGGUGGACGGCUUCAAAGCCUUCACGAAGAAGAUGGACGAGAGCGCCCUGCAGCUCAAUCACACCGCCAACGAGUUCGCCCGCAAACAAGUCACUGGCUUCAAGAAGGAAUACCAGAAGGUGGGGCACUCCUUCAAGUGCCUCAGCCAGGCGUUUGAGCUGGACCAGCAGGCCUUUUCAGCUGGCCUCAACCAAGCCAUAGCCUUCACUGCGGAAGCCUACGAUGCCAUCGGGGACCUCUUUGCAGAUCAGCCCCGACAGGACCUAGAUCCCGUGAUGGAUUUGUUAGCGCUGUAUCAGGGGCAUUUGGCCAACUUUCCGGACAUCAUCCACGUCCAGAAAGUUGUGUUUGAAUUUGCACUUACAAGAAGGUUUACCUUCUUGAACUGGGGAAAAUUCAUCUAAACGAGCUUCCACCAUAGCAGUGCAGAAGUAUGAUGACAUGCAUAGAGCUGAUUUGGUGCCAGAAGACUGUGCUGGAGCCGGAUGGAGAAACGUACAGCCAGCCUGCCUUCACAUGCUAAUGCUCCAGCACCUCUGAGCUAACACAAUUAUUAUCCCUGGUGCAUAUUUGCAAUCAGAAAAUGGCAUGGGUUUGAGAGUUUGGUCUCCUGAGUGUCCAUAUUCAUCACAGGAACAGGGUUAGGGCUGGGUUAUGCAUUUGUUGCUUUUGUUCCCUGUAGAAAAGAGACAAACUAGAAGAAAGCUUUUUUUUUUUUUUUUUUUCUCUCCAUUUUAUGGCUGUUUUAUUGCUCUUAACAGUUAUUUCUAACAGGGUAUAACUCUUCAAUUCCAAAUUGUAAACUUCAGAUGAAAACAUGAACUGUUUGGUGUUCUUACAACAUAAGACCUUUCUUUUAAAUUUACAGUCUGGGAUAGUUGCCAGUAUGUAAGGAUUAUUAUUGUCUGUACAGACCAAACAAAAAUCUGUUGGUGAUAAUAGAUCAUCUGAAAACAGAGUCGACGUGUCUUUCUUUCAGUGUUUUAUUUUCUAGUGUACAACUUUGUGCAGUAAAAUAACCCAAAAGUGCCUUUAGAGGUGGCAGAAACAGCAGCCUUUUGAUACAUUGCCAACAUGGGCUUGGCUUUAAAAAGAUGAACUCUACUCUUACGAGUGCUUCCUCCAUUUUUCUCUACAUAGUGCAGAUGGAUUGUCCACUUGGGGUAAAAAGCGAAGCCUUUUCUAGACUCCAUCUCUGUAUCCCUCUAGACCUGAGAAGGACCAAAAAAAUAAAGGCAGCUGUGCCCCAAACAUAUAUGUGCUGGUAGAACCUUAGACUGCCUUGUCUUAUUAAGGGUUUGAUCUACUGCAGAUAGUUGAACAGCUGCUUAAUGUGAUUGGAAGCGUGUUUUGUGCAGUGGACUGAGAAGUCUGCGUGUCUGAGGUUUUUGAAUAAUUUCUGCAAAGUUUUUUCUGCCAAAAGAAAGCCAAAGAAUCUGAACUAGAGGCAAGAAUUUUCUUCCAUUUGGCCUUUAUCUGUUUGUCUAAAGUUAUGAACCAAAGACACAAAAGCACACUGUUGCUUUUUCUGUGUAUCAGCAGGGGAAUGGGUUAAACAUUGUGCUUGUUACUGCUCAGGGAUCCCGGUCUUUCUGCCUCCCAUGUUGAGGGCAUCAUACGUGAUCUGUGGUGUGCAGAGAGUGAUUGUCAUUUCGGUCACUUAGGUAAAGGUGGAAAGCCAUGGGAAUAUGUUCAACGUGUUUAAUAGGGUAAGCACGUGAUGGAAUGGCAAUAACUUCAAUAGGAGAUUUAAAGAUUCCUGUCUCUCUGCCUCCUUGAUGUUGAGCACUCAGUGUUUAAGGAAUUUUCUGUGAGGGAAGGAGGAGUUCAGGUUCAUGCUCCAAAAGAGACAGAGGAGGGGUUCGAAGUGCUUUUCUCUCACAGUCCGGUUGAGGACCAGCUUGGCAGUGCUUUGUGAGAAACCUUACUUGGUUUUGUGUGUGCACCCGUCCAGGUCUGAAGGUUCACUGAAACAAGCCCUACAGUGAAGAGCACACCGAGGUGGAAAUCCCACGUUUCCAUUUGGAAGUGCUUGGCGUGAGAGUCCCACUGGGACUGGCAACAGACCAUUUCAGUCCCAAGACAUGGUUUCCUUACAAAUGGUUGCUCUUUUAGAUGUUUUCAAAAUAACGCUGAGCACUUAGGGGAAAACUGACAUUUGGAGGGGUAGAUGAUGGCAGAGAAGUGUCUCUGAGACUCUCAGCACCCAAAUACUUUUACAAAUCUAGCCCUCAUCCACAGGGAAGUGCAUCUAACAUGCUUACGUUAAAGUUUUCCUGUGCAUACCAGUGUGUUUCGGAAUAGAGGAUCCAAGUGUGUUAGACAGCUAUACUUGUACUUAGUUUUCUUUAGCCUCUGGCAAAACAUAGGUAGAAGAGGAGUGUUUAGUUCACGAGGCUUAAAACCAAAACUGCACCUUGUCAUUUUCUUUUUGCAGAACUGAUGUACCUUUCAAGAAAUGCUAGAUUCAGUUGCUUUAAGCUUGAGAAGAAAAGCACACUCACAUCUUCGUUUCUGUGCUUUUUAAGGUCUAGUCAUGGAAAUUCCCUAGGCAUUCUUGGCAAAAUAAUUCCUACAUAUUAAUUGCUAGAGCUUCACUCAAGUGAUGAAAUCUUCUGACUUCCAUAAUCUUCAACCUAAAUGUUUGCUGCAGGCCCAUGCAAGUUCAGGUUUGGGAACUUUGUGCACAUGUGAGAAUUUGAGAUAGUGUGUGAGUGUAUGCUAGUGCUGUAGUUCAUGCUUGUCUGGCUAUCUCAUCUUGAUACUUGCUUAGUGAGAGUACAGAAUUUAGUUUUUUUUUUUUCUUUGUUUCUUUCUUUUUUUGAAGUCUUCCUUGAGGAAUUACUAUAAUUGGCCUCUUGUUUUCUGAAAGAGGAAGAAACACUGGCUAACUUGAUGUUUCAUCUCUGCUUUCCAAAAUUGUUUCUUUAUCUUACCAUGAUGUUGUUAACUUCUGGUAUGAUUUUUGCAAAACAGACUUAGGAAAGUGUUUUCUAAAUGUUUUCUGAGAUGUAGGCAGCAAUUCAUUUCCUCAGCACACCAAGAUCUAAAAGAAUUAUUUAAAAAGAUCUGAGUGACCCUACCCAUUUACUUCUCGAUAAGUUUGUGAAAAAUAAAUUGUCCUUAUUUAUCUGGAGCAAACGUCAUCCUAGACAUUGGCUAUAAAAAUGUACUGGGUGUGCUUUUAGAAUAACAAAAUUAUAGGUGAAAAAACAUUCCAGAUAGUAAUGCAUUGGAAUUUCAAGCAUGGAAAAAAAACAGACAGAAAUCUGGAGGUCUGUGUAACAUUUUCAGCAGUUUUUGCAGGGAUGGGAGAAGGAAGGAGUCUCUGUGUGUCCUUGAACGAAUGAAACUGGUCAGAAUUCACACCUAAUAUUUUAUAACAGUGUAAAAUCAGUGCCCUUCUCCCUUGCUUGCUUUCUAGCCUCUUAAGUUCAUUGCACAGACUUGUAUUCUCUUGUAAUCCUUGCCAGAUGCCUUCUAUAAUAGUAAAAAGAGGUGGGUACCCAUCUUCCAUCUAUUUAAGGACUUUGAUGAAAAAGGGUGGAUUUCCUUAGGAUGACUGUUGUCACCCCUCUCAGCUUUUGCACUGCUGUUACAGCAGUGAUGUAGUAUUUGUCUACUUGCUCAUGAAUCACCCAGUUUGAACCUGGUAGUGUUUGAAAGAAGCCUGAGGGAAACAGACUUCUAGAUGGCUAAACCGUGAAGGAAUCCUCACUUUUAGCAACAGUAUAAAAUUACAGCUUCCUUGGUCUGUGUAAAUCACACAGAGGACAACAAUAAGCAAGACUAAAAUUGAGCAAUGCCCUUACUUGAAGGGGAUUAAACAGAAAGAAAGAAAGAAAAAAAUAACUUGUGUGUCUUGUCUGCCAAAAAGAUGCAUGGAUCUUGCAUGGAUUGUUCUUUUCUUUUUCCUCCCACUCCCCAGUCUCUUCGUACCUUAUCUUUCUAAGUGAGCAAGAUUCAUGCAGGUAUGAUGUUUCUCUUUCCUGGUACCUUUUGGAACCUCUCUUAGCGUGAUAUCACACAAAUCUGACGAUGGCAAGACAUUUCGUAGGUGGUAAAAUCCCAAUGAUAGUUUUUCAGCAAACAGCUGGUAGCGGAGGAAGAAGAUCGCUGUUCCACCUGUGGGAAGGACUGCAUGCACUGCUGCACACCAGCAAGCCUGUAUCCAGCAGGCAUUUACUACCAGCAGGCUGGAGAAGUUUUGACCAGAGCUCACACUUGCAUUUUUGACCACAGGUAGUAGACUCCCAGCUCUUGUGUUCUUGCUUACCACAAGAAUUAAGGCUCUGUGUACUGGGAAGACCUCAUGAACGGCAGAGAGAAGAGG